AUGGCGAAACAGACUCUCCUCUCUCUUCUCUUGCAUUUCGUCGUCUUCAUCUCUUGUACGUUUCCGUCUACAUCGUUUCUCUUGAACGAACGCAGCUUCGAGAUAUCGAGCUUGCCGUCAUCGCGGGCGGGGGAUCUGAUCCGGGAGCUAAACCUUUUCCCCAAGCUAGACGCGAACGUGAUCGAUGGUGCUGAUUCGACUCUCACUGCCGCGGAAGGACCUUCGAUUGUUGAACGGAACUUCAGGUUCCCGAAUAUACUUGCUGAUUCCGGCGAUUCCGGCGAUACAGUCCAGGAUUUAGGUCAUCAUGCUGGUUAUUACAAACUCCCCAAAUCCCAAGGCGCAAGGCUGUUCUACUUCUUCUUUGAGUCACGCAAGAAGAAGGAGGAUGAUCCUAUUGUGAUUUGGCUGACUGGAGGGCCUGGAUGUAGCGGUGAGUUGGCUAUGUUCUAUGAGAAUGGACCUUUCACGAUCACUCAGAACAUGUCUCUUGCUUGGAAUGAGUAUGGAUGGGAUCAGGCUUCCAAUCUUCUGUAUGUUGAUCAGCCUGUUGGUACUGGUUUCAGCUACACAACAGAUAAAAGUGAUAUUCGUCAUGAUGAAACCGGUGUUAGCGAUGAUCUAUACGAUUUUCUGCAGGCUUUCUUUGCGGAGCACCCUAACUUGGCUAAAAAGGACUUUUACAUAACUGGAGAGUCAUAUGCUGGCCACUACAUUCCAGCAUUUGCUUCCCGAGUCCACAGAGGAAACAAGGCUAACGAGGGAGUUCAUGUUAACCUUAAGGGAUUCGCCAUUGGAAACGGUCUUACAGAUCCUGCAAUCCAAUACCCAGCCUAUCCUGACUAUGCUUUGACAAUGGGUUUAAUCACGAAAGAAGAGCAUAAUCGUUUAGAAAAAAUUGUCCCACUGUGUGAACUAUCAAUUAAGCUUUGUGGAACUGAUGGAACAGUUUCUUGUUUGGCGUCAUAUCUUGUUUGCAACACCUUGUUCACUGGUGUGAUAAACCAUGCUCGUGGAGUAAACUAUUAUGACAUCAGGAAGAAGUGCGAGGGGAGUAUGUGCUACGACUUUUCAAACAUGGAGAAAUUCUUGAACCUUAAAUCAGUGAGAAAGUCGCUUGGUGUUGGGGACAUAGAGUUCGUCUCGUGUAGUACUAGUGUCUAUUCAGCAAUGCUACAAGAUUGGAUGAGAGAUCUCGAGCUUGGAAUCCCAGCGCUCUUGGAAGAUGGAAUAAACGUUCUUGUGUAUGCUGGAGAAUAUGAUCUCAUCUGCAACUGGCUUGGUAACUCAAGGUGGGUGAAUGCAAUGGAGUGGUCAGGGAAAGAGAGCUUCAAGGCAACUAAAGCAGUUCCGUUUUUGGUUGAUGGCAAAGAAGCAGGCUCUCUAAAGAGUUUUGGACAACUAAGCUUCCUCAAGGUGAAAGACGCAGGACACAUGGUUCCAAUGGACCAGCCAAAAGCUGCGUUAAACAUGCUUAAGAGUUGGAUGAAGAAUUCGCUUCGUGAAGUUCCUAUGGAUGUACCUGCAGAGGGAGAGGAGCUGGUUGCUCAGAUGUGA